AGCCGUUUUUGCCAGACGAUUGGUUGAGCUCCCCAGCUGGCCCAGCCGUCAUGGCGCGCAGUCUGGGCGCGUCUGCGCUGCCCGUCUUCCGCCUGCGGGACCUGCCAAUGGCACCAGAGAGGGGCGCGCAGCGCGACGUGUGCUGGCGGCAGUACACGGAGACGGUGCAGCUGCACUUCCGGUUUGCCCCUCCGUGGCGAGUCGUGGGAGGGCGUGCAAGAGGACGAGUUCGAGGUGAAGCAGUUUUCGCAUUUGGCAGCUGCAGAACGUCGCAAGCGUAUCCAUUGCAUUUUCAGCGCUCUCGUAUAGCAUUUGACAGAGACGGCAGCCGCUUGAAAAAGUAGUCUCUGCGACUCUGCGACGUUCGCCAACAGAGCGACGUCGCAGCGCGGGCGCGAACUGGACUGAAGCGGGG